AUGUCAAAGCUCGGCGGAGCCACUGCGAGAGUCGUCAAAGGUGCACUCAAAGUUCGGCAGUCCAGGUACGCCUUUUUUGCCCAUAAACUGUGUGUGCGUGUCAUAAAACUAACGGGAAAAUUAGUUUCAGAGCGGCUCUGACACUCACCAACGAAGCAGUCAACAGAAUACGAGUAUUGCUUGCUCAAGAGAAUAAUGCGAAUGCCUUGAAAGUAAGUUGUUGGCGAAAUUCAGUAAAAUUUCAUAACUUUUCAGAUUGGAGUGCGUCAAAAAGGUUGCAAUGGCCUAACAUACACGCUUGAAUAUGCCACAGAAAAGCAGAAAUUCGAUGAAGAAGUGGAACAGGUCAUAAAUCGCUUUUUUUGCAAAAAAACAUUCACAAUUCACCCGAAAAUCAGUAAUAGUGCCUCAGUUUCCGUUAAAUUUUUCUGUUCUUAAAUCAAACUUAAUAGUAAUUACUAAUAGCAAAACAUUCUAACGUUACACUAAAAACAUCAAAAUAUUAAAAAAAAAAGUAAUUUCUCCGAAUUAUUUUGGAACAUACAAACAUGCUGAAAGUACUUUAAUUUGCGCAUUCUUCAUCACAAAUGUAUUGUCAAAUUUAAUAAAAACUCAUUCAGCGCAUCUAAAAAGUCCCUUUCACUAUUCCGAAAAUUGCAGGACGGUGUAAAAGUGUGGAUCGAACCGAAAGCUCAACUGUCACUUCUCGGAUCGGAAAUGGACUACGUGACGAACAAAUUGUCGUCAGAAUUCGUUUUUCGCAAUCCGAACAUUAAAGGAACGUGCGGAUGCGGUGAAUCUUUCAGCAUUUGAUUCUUUCAAAUUUUUUGUAUACAAAACCUCAAUUUUAGCAUCAUUCACGUGUACAUUCUAGAUAUUUUCGACUAGUUCUCAUUUUUUGUAGUUAUAAUAAAGUUCAAAAGGCUUUGUAAAAUUUUACAUUUUCUAACCGAAAAGUCAAUACAUUUUACAAUGAGCUCGACUGAUAAUCUCCCCUCACUCGCUGGUUGCUCUGGCAACUAAUCUGCUCGUCUGCUCAAUUCCUCUCCGUUUUUUUUUCAGCUCGCAAUGCUCAUCUCUCGAGGUUUAACUCUAUUGUUUUAAGUUACAUAUUUUCUGACAGAAAAUCGUGAUACAGAUUUACAAAUGCAAAAUAUCGUACGGCCGCUGGGAAUGA